AUGGCUCCUCCCUUAACCAUUCGAGCAGAGAUAGCAAAAGAUACGAUAAACAGUUCCGCGGCCAUUGUAGCUAAAACAAAUGGCGCAUCCCUGGAGUCUGUAUUCGUAGAUGCUCAAUUGCCUCAAUUACCUCGUCUGUCGUCUCAAGGACGUACUGAUCCAUCCUCUUCCUUCCCUAUUCCUUCCUCGCUUCAUCUGAUAUCACCUCCUUUGAGAGAUUCAGUUGUAUUCCCCGCGUUUCCGCCUACAAAGGUGUCUGUGGUAAACUCAGAUGCAUUCACAGUCGCACGCGGUCUGAUCGACUCAUCUUUCAAUACACCGUCUUUUGUGCCCACCUCUUUGAGUUCUUCGCCAGGCGAGCAAGCGCCUUUCGUGCGUACAGCUGUCUUGAACCUCGCUAGCGAUGAGCUUCCUGGAGGAGGAUGGAAUUGCACUUUAUCUUGUACGCAGGAAGAAGCAUUAUGUUAUUCGUCAACGUUGUUCAACACCCUGAAACCAUCUUACUAUCCGUGGCCCAAUAUCGGGCGUGGUUCUGUAGCAGGUGUACUCUCACCUGCCGUAGUCGUUUUCCGUGCCGAUCUUGAUAGUGGCCUGGUGCCAUUGGAGCAGAGUGAUUGGAAGUUGGUGCAAGUCCUAACAGUCGCAGGGCCGUGCUGUCCUCCGUUGUCGGAGGAUAGGCAGAAGUUUGCGAGUGAUAGUGUUUUGGAGGACCUCAGGGGGAAAAUCAAACUGAUAUAUCGUAUGGCGGCAUGGAGCGGAUGUUGGGAUCUAGUGCUAGGUGCACUUGGAUGCGGCGCUUACCGCUGUCCGCCAAGGUUAGUCGCUGAAGAGAUGAAGGCCAUUUUACUCGAACCUGAGUUCAGAGGCUGGUUCCGCCAUAUAGUAUUUGCCGUAUACAGCUCAAACCGUAAUGGUCCUGGAAACUUUGGGGUAUUCAAAGACGCAUUAGAUGGUAUAGACGUGUAACAUCAUUACUAUCAGUCCUUUUGGUAGAUAGGUGCUGUGAUCCAAAAAAAAGUAAGAAUAUCCCCUUUUCACGUGUGUUACUUCAAAAUGAUGUGUAGCCUUACAACAACCGCCUCGCAUUCAUAGUUUUCGUUCAUAUUUUUCGUCC